GUAAUUUGCUCUUUCAAAGGUGUAUGCAUCACAACUGUACCUAUAUAUAUUUGUUUUUUACAGAGUUGUAAAAUGGGAGUUUUCUCUCUUUCUUAGUAGCAGAAAACGAGGUCACAAUCUGUACCAGGUUCAGUAUGCUGGAUCAUUUGGAACCCAGUUGCAAUGGCCUUUUUUGGCAACAGAGCAGCCUAUGUUGGCUACAAGCUAGUAAGUGACAGGGUUUCUAUACCCAUGCGAGUCAAAUUGUGACACAAAGGCCCACAUGCCCUCUGACAGUUGAACGCAGGACUUCAAAGUCUACGUGGAUCAAGCAUGUAGAGCAGCAGAAGAAUUUGCAAAUAUUUAUUAUGAAACCAUGGAUAAAAGAAGAAGGGUAUUAACCAGACUGUACACUGAUGAUGCAACUUUAGUUUGGAAUGGGAAUGCCGUAUCUGGCCAAGAAGCCCUUGCUAAAUUCUUUGAGAUGUUACCAUCUAGUGACUUUCAACUGAACACGUUUGAUUGCCAGCCUGUUCAUGAGCAAGCGACCCAGAAUCAAACUACUGUUCUUGUUGUGACCAGCGGGACUGUCAAAUUUGAUGGCAACAAGCAACAUUUCUUCAACCAGAACUUCUUGCUAACAGAACAGACCACAAAUAAUAACACAGUCUGGAAAGUCAUGAGUGACUCUUUCCGUUUCCAAGAAGCCCCUCAUUAGAGAGAGGAGCAAGUUAUCUUCUUCUGGAUUAUUAUUGUUAUUUUUAAUAGCCUUGGUUUUGGGGGUGAGCCUGUUGAGUAUGGAAAUUCACCCGUCCCUCCGCAUCUCUUUGUAUGUUUCACAGUUAUAGCAUAUGUUGUUUAUUAAUGAAAAAACUUUCCUGUUUUCAAGAUUUCAUUAGGAUGCAUCACAGCCAAGCUUAACUCUACUUGAUUACCUCUUUAGGUGGCAAUGGACACAUUUUUAUAAGCAUUCUCUGCACUUUCCGACUUUAACAAAUUUUAGAUUUAACACAUGACGGACCUUUCUUCUCUGAAUAUUUUGGGAGAAAUGCUAUUAGGCACAAUUUUUGUUUACUUCAGUGAGAAUUAAAAUGAUGGUGGGAAGAGA